GAUAGUUCAUAGAAAUCAUCAUAUCAAAUAAUGAGGAGAUAAUGCAGAGAAGAUAUGAAGAAGAGAAUCCAUUAAGUCAAUAUCUAAAAUAAUGGAAAUUCAAACAUUUAUAUUCUUUGAUUUGGAAACAACUGGUUUGAUUCAAGGAAAGAUCAUGCCAAGAAUCACGGAAAUUGCUUUAGUUGCUGUUACAAGAGAGUCGAUAUGUAAUUGCAACAAAGCAUCUUUGCCGCGAGUCUUGCAUAAGCUAAUACUUCCGAUCAAUCCCCAAAAAAUCAUACCACCAACUGUAGCAUAUAUGACAAAAUUAUUUAACGAGGACAUGUUGCUACUGCAGCCUUUUGAGUGUGAAGUUUAUGAGUUAAUAAUGUGCUUUCUACAGCGUCUCACACCACCAAUUUGUUUUGCAGCACAUAACGGCAACAGAUUCGAUUAUCCAAUAUUCUUGAAUGAACUCGAGCGCAUAAAUAAGGUUUUUGAUGACAAAAUUCUAUGCAUUGAUACAUGGAAGAUGUUUCAAGAUUUCUUUAAGAAAAAAGAUUUGGAACGAAAGACAGUCCAAGAUUUGUUGGAUGAUGAGUACAAUGAUUCGCUCUCCAUGUUGGAUAUAGAUAUGGUAAUGAUGGAACAAAAGACUAAAAUUGAUGCCAUGCCCAUUUCGCAAGCGACGCCUCCCUAUAACGGAUAUAUCAAAGUUAUAAACGAUAAGAAAUACGAUACAAACAAGGAGUAUAACAAUGACAUCGAUGUCGAAUCGCCGGAGGAUUUUAGACAAAAAGCUAACGAAAAAACGCCAGAGAAUCAAGUAAUGAGGCAGCAUGAGAUUGUUCUUGUAGAAAGACCAUUUAAAAAAAAUAAUCCAAGGAAGAAAUUGGAUUUUGGUUGCGAAAGACCAGUCAGCCUUAAACUCGGCGCCAUUUAUGAAUAUAUGUUUGAUUCAAAUUUUCCUCACGAACAUUCGGCCGAGGCCGAUUGUCUCGCCAUGAUACGUUGCAUCACCAAUAUUGUCGACUUCUUCCUUGAGUGGUCAGAUAAUAAUGCAACUCCAUUGGUUUGCUGUAAAAGAAUAUAGUGCAAUAUUGUUAAUUGAUAUUUUAGACAAUAAGAAUGAUACAUAAACGAAUGAAAAAUGAUACAGAAUUAUGCAGUACAAAGGGGAUAUAUGUGAUUAUUAUGAAUUAAGAUGCAAGGCUAGUAUAUGAAAUUGGAAAUAAUGUUGUAAAAGCUUUCAUCUCUCUAUAUAUUAAAUUAUUAAAUGCAAAACAGUAUUCAUAACUUGUAAUAUUAGUCUAAAUGAGACUAUUUGUGAUAACAAAAUAUAAUUCAUUGAUGAUUCAUUUCGUUUUUAUAUGAUUUAAAAAUUAUAUAUACAUAUAUAAUUUUAUAAUUUAUUGUAAGCUGCGCAAAGUUAAUUAUAAUCUAUUAGAGGAUAAUUGCACUUUGUAUAUGAUAGCAGUCUACUUCAACAAUGCAUGUUGAAUUGUUAUUUAUAGUUCUUUCGUUGCUUAUUUAUAAUAUACAUUCUUGUAUAUUAUAAUUUAUUCUUCUGUAACACUUAUGGAAAAAUUGGAAAAAGCUUUUUAUUUCUGUGAAAGAAUUGUGUAGGCUUUUUCUUUUUUAUUAUAUAUGAAAGAAAUGCUUAAAAUGAAUUGUAUUCAUACUUUAAUCUGAAAACAGUGUACAAUCAGAUAUGGCAUAAAAUUGCUUCUAGUUUGACGUUGAAAAAUAUUAGAAGAUGUGAAUCUCUUUUUUUAUAAAUAAUGAUGUUAGAUUCUAUUCUUACCUCUUCCUUGAAUUUAGAAAAAGGAAAGAAGAGAAUAAAAAUGAAUUCAUUUUAUGAAAAUGCAGUUGUUUUAAAGAAAUCGAGCUAUAAGCUUGUUUUAAUUGUUCAUGUCUACGUUUAAAGUAAAUUAGUACUUUCAAUUAAUUAUACAUGUUUCGUUUUAAAGUACUUUUAAAAACUAUUUUAAUUAGUGAUAAGACUAUUAAUCUUCUUAUCAGUUGUAUUAACAAAAUCAAUUUCUUUAGGUACUUAACUUUUUAUAUAUAUUCGUGACAGCAGAACUUAUAUUUUUAUUUUUAUGAAAUAAAUGUAAUACAGAAUGUUAAAAUGAAAUAUAUAGUCAUAUAUUUUAUACUCUAAGACUGAAUAAAUUGGCGAUUAAGAUAGC